AAUAUGUUCUAAGCAUAUAUACAACAAUUUAAUGACAAACGUGGUUGAAUUUAAAGUGUAUGGAUGCAUUUAAGCAGCCAUGCAUGUACAGAAAACUAGGAUAGAGGGUUAGUUCCAAGGCCACCAGAAAUACAUUAAUGAAAUGGAAGAACUGUCAUCCACUAACAAAAGACUUGUGGAAAUACUGGUUGAAAAUCAAUGGAUAUAUAACUUUCAAGUAACCAGAUUUUUUAUUGAGGAGCCCUGGAAUUCCCUUCCUUCUGAGUGGGGGAAUGAGUUACUGAAGCUAACAACGGAGGAUCUAAAUUCACUCCCUUUUGGAUUUAUACAGGACGAUUGGCCUGAAAGUCUACGAAAGUUUAUAUAUACAGCAACGGAACUUGUGUUACCAAGGACUCUUUCGGAAGAAAUUCAACCUUGUGCUCUUACUUCAGAAGUCAAACGAGGGAUGAACCCUAAAAAACAACAUGAAGUAAGGCAUAUGGCAGCUCUUGUUAGUAAUAUGGCGGCCAAGACAGGAUGUGACGUCGUGAUUGACGUUGGAUCCGGUCUGGGAUAUCUUGGUCAUGUAUUGAGCACUGUAUACGGACUUAAAGUGAUUGGUUUAGAGAGCAAAACAAGUCACACGUCAGGAGCAGAUAAACGAUUGUUUUUAGAAAAAAACGAAAAUAUCAUGAACGUGACUUUUGAAAUGGAUGACUCUGAAGACAGUAUAUCGAAUCUUAAAACGUUAAUUGGUUCAUGUUUGGAGAAAUUCAAAAAAGCAGAACGUGAUAAAGUCCUAGACCAAGUAAACGUAUCUUCAACUGCGUCAGAGGUACAUUCAUUGAAUACUACUGAUCGUAACUGUAAUGAAAAUGAACAUAUCGGUGCUCCAAAAUCAAACACGCUUAAUAUGCACACAUCAGAUUGUGAAAGAACGCAAAACAUGGAAUCUGAAACAAACCCCCGGGACGAAGGAAAUGAUAUAGUGGCAAGCAAGGUAUUUCACCAUUCAGAAUGCUCUGUACCCUCCAAAACAAAUCAAUAUCCGAGAAAAAGUGCUGAUGUAACCGGAAGUGGCGUAGGCAGUAGUGAAUUAGACACGUGUCUCCUGAUUGGUCUUCACUGUUGCGGAGAUUUGACUCCCGCAAUGCUCAAGGUCUACUCGGAAGUAACGUUUGUAAAGGGACUUUGUUGUGUAUCCUGCUGCUAUCACAGAAUGACUAAAUGUGGAACGAAGUAUGUGCAUUUUCCAAUGAGCAAAGAUGCUGAGGCCACCAUGUCCAAAUUUGAUCUAAGACCCACAGUUCCCUUUUUAAGACUAGCAGCGCAGGAAACCAGGUCUCGUUGGAAAACAUUGUCUGAAGAUUCACAUCAUAGUCACACGAAGGCUGUAGCUUAUAGAGCACUUCUGGAAAUAUGUGCAUAUAAAGAAAAUACAGAAUGUAACAAACUUUUUCGAAGAAUAGCAACUGAAAAAGAUUUCUCUGACUUCGAAUCUUACGUAGAUAAAAUAUUAACACGCUGUGAGUUCACUUCCAGACAAGGGAAAGAAUCAAUAAAAGAUAAUCUCAAUUUUCUCUACGAGGAAUACAAGGGAAAAUUUCCGUACAUAGAGGUUAUCACGGUUCUACAAGUUAUCCUACAGCCUCUAAUUGAGAGAUUAAUUAUUCAAGAUCGUGCUGUGUGGCUGCUAGAAAACGGACAAAAUGCGCAUCUCAUGCCUGUGUUUGACGAUGUUAUAUCUCCGCGCAAUGUUGCUCUAUGCUCCACAAAAAUACAUUAAAUCUUCUCUAUAACAGACUCAAA